UAUACUGCAAGCCACGCAGGUUCCCCUGUGCCCAGGCAAAGCUCGGGAUAGACUUCAGUGGGAAGAAUCGACCGUCAACUGGACACAGCAUUCGAUUUCUCCUAAGUGACUACGGCCUUAUCACUCUUGCUACUCUGCCAGAAAUCUAAACCAAGAGUCUUGUACUACCAACGCAAUAGACAGUCUUAGAGGCUGAGUACACCAUCAUGUCCGGGUCGAAGGUUGACACUCAGUCUUACAUCCCGAGAUUUGUCCUUCAAAAAUGGACCACAGGUAACUCUCAAUUGGAGUUCCAUGAACCUUCUCUCGAAAAACUUAAACGCAAACAGAACGAAGGUCGCCACAAACGUGCCUUUGCCUCCUUCGGACGCCGAAAUAUAUUUCCCGAUCUCAAAGGCGUUUCCCCUGGACAUGGCGCAAAUAGUCAGCACCAGGCGAUGACCAACCUUGAGACAAAAGCCUCCGCAAUCGUCGACGCCAUCGAAGCUGCCGUCUCGUCCAACGAGAGUGCUGUAUCUUUGACUCCGGAGCAGGUCGCUACAAUACGACAGUUCUUGUUCGUGGCAUCAUAUCGCAAACGAAGUCGAUUCUCAACGGAGCUACACUCGGUAUCGCUGGGGCGCCAAGUACAGCUGCAGGUUGAUGAACAUCUAGAAAAGUACAAAGAAGCAGACGCGCAGGAGGCCUUCUUUCACAAUAUGCUUCACAUCAUGGAAGACUCUCCCGAGGAUUUGUUGCACGACAAAGCGAUACUCCCCGUCGACCGUGCGCUUUAUUUCCAAGAUUGUCAGGAACGUCGACUCGCGAUCUACGUCGCCCCGUUGCCACUUAGUUUCGUCUGCUCCGAGAAUGGGUUUGGGUUUAGCGAAGAGGGUGUCCGUCUCUUCACGCCAUGGUCGAACUUUCCAUUCGGCGCGCUGUGGGCCAAAGAGUACUUCGAAGCAUGCAUUAUCUUCCCCAUGUCGCCCCGCAUCCUUAUUAUGCUCCUCCCGCCAAGUUCACUCCAAAAACGAGGUGCUUCACUAUCGUGUUACCUCGACAUACCCACCAUCGGCGAUCUAUGGCCCGAGUCCUACUUCUCCGACUUUCCAACCGCGCAAUAUCCUCAUUUCAUGCCCUCCGGAGGCUCAGUCUUAGACGACUCGAACAAAAUCCGCCUCCGCCUCCAACCCCUUUCACCCAUCCAACUCUCCCAAGUUAAUGCCUACCUCAUCGAACACUGCGAAGCGUCCACAAAAGUGGCCUACAAAGCUGCUCCAGACGUAUACAGCGCGCUCCUUGCUAUCAAGAACGAUAAAUCCCUCCCGCUAAAUUUCCCUCGCACCGGUCGUCCAGACUUCGCGAUGUUGAAGGACUACGGUAAUACACAAGCCAUGAUGCGUCUCAAGGGCGGUGGUUUUACUAUAUUCUGGCGAUGGAUGAGACUUGCAUUGCAGAUGCUGUGGCCCUUCAUCGUGUGGUACGGGGUGUACAGGGUAGCGGAGAGAGGAUGCAGAUCGUACUUCAGGCUAUCCGUCUUCCAGGCGGGGUAUUACGGACUGAGCUCGGCGGCGAAGCUCGUAUGGGAUUGGACCAUAGGGAUGAUCGCGGGAUGGUUUUCGUUAGGGUUAUUAUGGGGUCUCGUGAAGAAGGCGAUGUGGUACAUUCCAUGGCUGCUCGGAGUUCUGGCGAUUGUGGCGAAGUUCUUCUAG